GGGAGGCUAGCGGACCGGCGGCUGGGGGACCUCGGCGCUGGAGCUGGGCCUUGGUCGGCGCCCUGGGACCAGCAUCCCAGCCCAGCACUCUUCUUCUUGCACCUACAUGGCCUACUGAUUUUAAAAAGAAGAAGAAACCAGGGGCUUCCCUGGAGGUCCAGCGGUUAAGACUCCAUGCUUCUGCUGAAGGCAGCUGUGUCUGUGUGUCUGUCUUGGAGAGGCAGGCCCCGUUGGGAACGAUGCCACCACCAUCAGACAUCGUUAAAGUGGCCAUCGAGUGGCCAGGUGCUAAUGCGCAGCUCCUUGAAAUUGACCAGAAACGGCCCCUGGCGUCCAUCAUCAAGGAAGUUUGUGAUGGGUGGUCAUUGCCAAACCCGGAGUAUUACACCCUCCGUUACGCAGAUGGCCCCCAGCUCUACAUCACGGAACAGACUCGCAGCGACAUUAAGAACGGGACAAUCUUACAGCUGGCCGUCUCGCCGUCCCGGGCUGCACGCCAGCUGAUGGAGAGGACCCAGUCCUCCAGCAUGGAGACCCGGCUAGAUGCCAUGAAGGAGCUGGCCAAGCUCUCUGCCGACGUGACCUUCGCCACCGAGUUCAUCAACAUGGAUGGCAUCGUUGUGCUGACGCGGCUCGUGGAAAGCGGAACCAAGCUCUUAUCCCAUUACAGUGAGAUGCUGGCAUUCACCCUGACUGCCUUCUUAGAGCUCAUGGACCAUGGCAUUGUCUCCUGGGACAUGGUUUCAAUCACCUUUAUUAAGCAGAUCGCGGGGUAUGUGAGCCAGCCCAUGGUGGACGUGUCCAUCCUGCAGAGGUCCCUGGCCAUCCUGGAGAGCAUGGUCUUGAACAGUCAGAGCCUGUACCAGAAGAUCGCGGAGGAGAUCACCGUGGGGCAGCUCAUCUCGCACCUCCAGGUCUCCAACCAGGAGAUUCAGACCUACGCCAUUGCACUGAUUAACGCACUUUUUCUGAAGGCCCCUGAGGACAAGCGACAGGACAUGGCCAACGCAUUUGCACAGAAGCACCUUCGGUCCAUAAUCCUCAAUCAUGUGAUCCGAGGGAACCGCCCCAUCAAAACCGAGAUGGCCCAUCAGCUGUAUGUCUUGCAAGUCCUGACCUUUAACCUUCUGGAAGAGAGGAUGAUGACCAAGAUGGACCCCAACGACCAGCUGACUCAUCUGCUGACAGUCUGUUUCACCUCCCAGGCUCAAAGAGACAUUAUAUUUGAACUGAGGAGGAUUGCAUUUGAUGCAGAAUCUGACCCCAGCAACGCCCCUGGGAGUGGGACUGAGAAACGCAAAGCCAUGUACACCAAGGACUACAAAAUGCUGGGGUUCACUAACCACAUCAACCCCGCGAUGGACUUCACCCAGACUCCGCCCGGGAUGCUGGCCUUGGACAACAUGCUGUACUUGGCGAAAGUCCACCAGGACACCUACAUCCGGAUCGUCCUAGAGAACAGUAGCCGAGAAGACAAGCAUGAGUGCCCCUUUGGCCGCAGCGCAAUCGAGCUCACCAAGAUGCUGUGUGAGAUCCUGCAGGUUGGGGAACUGCCGAAUGAGGGACGCAACGACUACCACCCGAUGUUCUUCACCCACGACCGCGCAUUUGAGGAGCUCUUUGGCAUCUGCAUCCAGCUGCUGAACAAGACCUGGAAGGAGAUGAGGGCAACAGCCGAGGACUUCAACAAGGUCAUGCAGGUGGUCCGAGAGCAGAUCACUCGAGCUUUGCCCUCCAAACCCAACUCUCUGGACCAGUUCAAGAGCAAACUGCGGAGCCUGAGCUAUUCCGAGAUCCUGCGGCUGCGCCAGUCGGAGAGGAUGAGUCAGGAUGACUUCCAGUCCCCGCCGAUCGUGGAGCUGAGGGAGAAGAUCCAGCCCGAGAUCCUGGAGCUGAUCAAACAGCAGCGGCUGAACCGGCUCUGUGAGGGGAGCAGCUUCCGGAAGAUUGGGAACCGCCGGAGGCAAGAGCGUUUCUGGUACUGCCGCUUGGCCCUGAACCACAAAGUCCUGCACUACGGGGACUUGGAUGACAACCCUCAAGGGGAGGUGACGUUUGAAUCCCUGCAGGAGAAGAUUCCUGUUGCAGACAUUAAGGCCAUUGUCACUGGGAAGGAUUGUCCCCACAUGAAAGAGAAAAGUGCUCUAAAACAGAACAAGGAGGUGCUGGAGUUGGCUUUCUCCAUCCUGUACGACCCCGAUGAGACCUUAAACUUCAUUGCACCUAAUAAGUACGAGUACUGCAUCUGGAUCGAUGGCCUCAGCGCCCUCCUGGGGAAGGACAUGUCCAGCGAGCUGACCAAGAGUGACCUAGACACUCUGCUGAGCAUGGAGAUGAAGCUGCGGCUGCUGGACCUGGAGAACAUCCAGAUCCCCGAGGCCCCGCCACCGGUACCCAAGGAGCCCAGCAGCUACGACUUCGUCUACCACUACGGCUGAGCCUGGAGCUGGAGCGGACUGUACCCCACAAGGGACUUGGGGCCCAGGAGGAGCACUCACAGUCUGGUGCCUUGUCUUUGCUUGUACAGAAUCCAUAGUGACCGUGGGGGCCAGUCAGUGCCAGUCACACCUCAGACUCACCUCGGACCACCCCGAGCUUCCUCUCGGUCCCCAUCCACUCCAAGUCGUGAAGGCAGGGUACUCUGCCCUCGCCAUCACCAUGGAGCCUGGGGACGGGCCAUGAGGGAUGAACAGCAGACACCCUUGCCUUCCAGGCCAAGAAACUGCUCCUGGAGCCGGAGUCAACCACAGCCACUCACUUUUUCUCCCUGAGCCUGCUCACCGGUCGCCUGGAUCCCCCAAGGGGGCAAGAGCUGGCCCAGGAAAGGCUGCCCGUAGAGGACAGACGUGCUGGGCGUGUGGAGAGCUUCAAGUGACCCAGGCCUGUGUCUCAGAUCCAAGUGGAAGCCUCGGCCUUUGCUCAGUAGAUGCCUUGCCCUUGCUUUUGCCGUCUUCGUGAGGGCUCACCCGGCCUUGCCCGGGGCCGAUCUGCUGCUGCUGCUGCUGCUCUGACCCCUCUGGUCUCCAGAGCCACUAGGUCCUCUUGCCCACCCAUUUGCCUGGGCAGAGGGUCAUGUCUCCCUGCAAGCUCGCAGUCUCUCAUCCUGGCAAGUCAGAGACACACAGGCCGAGUCCCACCCUCUGCUGAGAGGAGGCCUGGGCCUAGACUGUGGUGUGGUCACUAGAGUCCACUCCUCUCCCCUCCACAUUUAUAUCAUGUCCUUGCUUGGGGAGAAAACUCCCACCUAACCUGAACAGCCGCCCUUCCGGUUUGUGCUUCUUUGGCCUUCCGGACCUCGGGAGGUUUGCCUUCCCUGCCCCCUCUCCCCCAGCACUGUGGUCUCUGCCAUUGGCCACGAUUUCAGGGAGCUGGCCGGGGCCCGCGGAGGCCCCUGCUGUGCCCAUGAGGCUUCCCUGGUGCUGCAGCACUCGUAAACCACACGCACGGGCACCGUGGCAUCCGGUAUUGGUAGCCUAGCAUGGUGGGGACUGCCCAAUGAAGAGUGUACUGUAUAUUUUCUUUACUAUAGGCCAUACUUCUACAGACAUGUAUAUAUAUUUAUAUAAGAUCUACCUGUCCUAGGGUGGAAUGUUGGAGGGAAAAUAAAAUGGGAGGCCAAAAAAACAAACAACACAAACCAAAACUCAGCACUUGCAGUUGCAAGCCAAGAUUGUAACCUGAGAGCGGCCAGGCGCUUCCUGUCAGUGACCAUGUUUUCAAUAAAUACUCUUUCAUGUACACACUGGUUCCCAUUAACAGCUGUUUCUCUGUACUUGCUCCCUGCCCCGGGGAGCUGUCACCUUGACAAGCCUUCAUUUCAUUGUGUCUGGGAGACGCUGGAGAGCUCCAGAUGGAGCCCUCAGCCACCUUCCCAGAGCCGCUGCCUCCUCCUCUUCAGCCACUCUGCCCCACCACACACAGGACUGCACACACACGCACACACACACACACACAUACACACACACCUGCCUGCUGGCUAAGGAUGCUCACAGACUCUCCCACCAGGAAAAAGUGCUUUCUGCUCAGGAAAGAGUACAGCAGGAAAGGCAUCCUGUAUACCCCUGAGGACAUGACCUCCCUCUUCUCCCUGCCAGGGAGGGACACAGCCAAGAAGCAGCUCAAGUACUUGUGCCUUACAAGGAAGACAUGUUCUUCACCCUGAGCGUUGCCGGUGCUCAGCGCCCAGCCUGCCAGCUGGUGUUCCACACUGUCCUC